CGUUUCAGUCUACGUUGGACUUUAGCGCGCGUCGCACACUGCGUAUACGUAACGGCGGACUCCGCACCGAACUGAGGCCUCCGUCCGAGUGACGCCGCCGUGCUCCGAUCACUUGGCGUUCUGGGCCGGCCGCUCUUCGAUUUUUCCGCUCGAGCCUCGAAGAGAAAAGUCGGCGGAAAAGUGCGUCCCUCUCGGGAACCGUUGUGAACUGCUUUGUGUGGGCACUAGAAUUUCAAAUUUAACGGCUUUUCGUGGUGGAAAAAUAUUUGGGGAAUUUUCAAAAUCAAAGGCGAGGCUAGUUAUUACAUCAAAUAAUAUCGCAGUGGCGCAAGGAAAAUAUUUAAUACAUGCAAAACAAAGACUUCAAAAAUCACCUGUGUCACUAAAGUUGAAAAUUAAAUACAACUAAUAAUCGAUAAUAAGGAGGACAAUAAGAAAACUGCAAGUGUGGCGAAAAUUGAUUCGAACAUAAAUAAAGGGCAGCCAAGCGUGGCCAGACAAGGACAACAAAAGCAAGCCGAAGGAUUUGUGAUUGGCCGAAAAGGCAAAAAUCAAUAAGAGCGCCACAUGUAAGAGGACACCGGGCACAAGCGACAUGGUGGCCAAUCGGCAGGGCAUGGGGCUCACGACUCCUAGCCUCCAGUUGCUGCGGUGGAAUAAGUAACGAGAAGUAACGAGUCCCAGGGAGUAACAUGUCGGAUCGAUAUCCAGCCAGCUUCUACGAUCAGCAUCAUCAGCAUAGUCAUCAUCAUCACCACCCGCAUCACCACCCGCAUCAUCAGACGCCGACGAUGUCGCACUAUCCGCCGCAGCCCUACAGGUCGGGUUACACCGGCUACCAUCCCUAUGGCUAUGGCUAUGGGUCUUCUUCUAGUGCUUCUUACAUGCCCAACUACUAUCGGUAUGCUCCGUACGCCUCGCCGCACUAUAGCCAGCACCAUCAGGGGAUGUUCACGGCGGCCGGUCAGCAGAUAAUCCCCUCCAGCGUCCUCCACUAUCCGCCCAGAACGCAUCCUUACCAGCAGCUACACCCGCAGCAGCAGCAGCAGCCACAUCCACAGCAAUCUCUGCCUGGCUACGAGCCACCAGCCCCCUUGCCAUACAGUUCUUCCGCUUCAUACCAAUCCCGUGGCUUUGGUGGCUUUGCGGGCCCAACGCCCCACUACGCGCCACCUGGUAGAUCCUCCACGCCAGCUCCAAAUCGCACCGUGUUGCCACCCAGCUACCUGGAACCGCUGCGCAGCUACAGCGCCGAGCAGCAACACCUAAGUCAGCAGCAGCAUUUGAGCCAACAGCAACUGCAACAUCAGCCGCUGCCUGGAACCCCAAAGCUCGAGGAUCCGGAUGUCGAGGUGGAGGCGGUUGCCGAGUCACCCGCUCAGCGGUUGACCACUUCGCCGCCCAUGAUCAGUGCCACCGGAACGGACAGCGGCAUCAGCAAUUGCAGCACGCGGGCGAGGAGCGACAGCAGUCAGAGCACGCCCGUUUACAGUGGAGAAUAUCCGGUUAACAUGUCCGUGGAGUCCGCCUCCUGUGUGCCCUAUCACUGUCCGGCGGAUGCGCGGGACUACGAGGAGGAGGAGCACCAGCCACCGGUGGCGUCGGAAGUGAGGAAGGCGGACACUCCGCUCGAUAUUGCCGAUGACAUAAGCGCGACGUCGCCAGUGGGCGCUGAUAAGGCGAAACUCACAGCGCCCACUCCAUCGGAAGUUGUCAAGCGUGCAGAAACUAAUUUGCAGCCGGACUCAUCAGCAUCCUCGGAUGCGCCGACGACGCCGCAGGACACCAAAGGUGAUCCAAUAAUCGAGGCGGCCGACGAGAGGCCAGGACAUGCGCGACAGCAGCAACAUCCUGUGACGAACAACUGGAGUCCGACGCCGCGGCGCCCGCGCACUCCGCCGGCACCACAGAACUCGCCCAUUGGUUUCGGCCAAAAUGCGAGUGUGCCACCCGCCUUGGCUCACCUGCUGCAGCAGCAGCAGCAAUUGCAGUUGCAGCAGCAGCAGCAGCAACAGCAGCAGCAGGCUAGCACCCUCAAGCGGUGUGCCACAUCUGGAAAGAAUCGCAGCAGCAACAGCCGCAUCAUCGAGUGCGAUCUUAUUCCGAGCAAGAAAUCAAAACGGAAGACGGCCAAAAAGGAAGUCGGGGAAAGCGAGAAUUUGGAGGCUGUGGAGCCUAUUGUUAGGGAGCAAAUUAGGGACAUCAAGCCUUUACCUGGAUUCCUGCAGGCUUUUGGUUCCACCGAAAUUGGUCGCUUCUCCGAGCGUUUCCUACAAACACCAGAAUCCCUAGUCGAGCGAUUGGCCGAGGAGUAUGCAGGCAGUGCACCCAACAACUGCCCAUCUUAUCCAGCUGGAGGCUACAUCGAGUCCCCGGCCAUGGCUACGCACAACUACUAUCCGUAUGAGGAGCAGAACCAAGGCGGCUAUCCAAGGAAUCGAAUGAGAGACUACGGCUACGAGGUGCCGGACUACAUGGCGUAUGAGCGAUACACGGCCUAUGGAGCCGGAAGACCAAGAGCUCGCUACGGGGAAAUCCGCUGCAACGGCUAUUAGAUACGGAUCAUAUAUAGAUUAGGAGAAACAACCAAGUUCAGGUUUCAAAGGGGCCCAACAAAAUUUCAAAUGCAAAUCGAACAAAUCAAUGAAGAGAAAAACAACCGAACUACCAAAAACGGAAACAAAAUCCAAACACAUCGAGCGACAUUCAAAAAUGUUUUAUAGUUAUUAAAGAAACUAGAUAAUAUCUAAAGAAACUACUCACCAACAAAAAGAAAAAACAAUGAAAACUUGUAGCGUUGACUUUUAGACCUACUAUUUGGACGUCUUCAACAAAUGAACCGAGAAGGAAACAGAAUAAACCAACUAUUUAGUAUAGUUAAGUACGUGUGUAAAUAAUUAUUUGAAAGUUUGAAUUUUAUGAAAUAAAUCACGCAAAACUGAUGGCAAACAAAA